AUGUCCCCCAAGCCACUCACCCUCAUGACCGGCGCAACCGGCCACAUCGGCUUCCGCACCCUCGUCGUCGCCCUGCGCGCCAACUACGCCGUCCGCAUCGCAAUCCGCAAACCAGACCAAGAAGCCAAAAUCCGCAAUGCACCCUCCAUCCACCCCUACCUCUCCUCUCUCUCCUUCAUCCUAGUUCCCCAUAUGGCCGCCCCAGGUGCUUUCACCUCCGCGAUCAAGGACGUCUCAUACGUGAUCCACGUAGCCUCCCCUAUCCCGCUCAAACCGGAUGUUAAGGAGCAGCUCGGAGAAGGCAAGAGCUUCAGAGAAGUCCUGUACGAUCCCGCUGUUAAGGGGACUUUGGAAAUUUUGCGCGCUGCAGCGAAGCAGGAGGGAGUGAAGCGUGUCGUUGUCACUGCCUCGGGGAAUAUUCUCGCCUGCACGGUCGGCAUUCCCAACUGCGCACCUACGGAUAUCCGACCCUGUCCUUCCGACGAAGAAGCAGAUGCUGUGACGAUUGCGGGCCAGGCGUAUAAGGAGAGUAAGAUCCUGGCCGUUAGUGCGGCGCAGAAAUUCAUGAGAGAGGGAAAAAGGGGGUUCGAUGUCGUGAUUGCGUGUCCGGGGUAUGUUCAGGGCGCGCAUGAGCUGGCGGGGAGCGUGGAGGACUUGAUGACGAGCACGAGCCGGGCGACAGUUGACAUCGCUACGGGAACAGAUCUCGGCAUGCCGCCUCUUGCGCCGCCGUUGCAUAACCAGAUUUGGGUGGAGGAUGUGGCGAGGGCGCAUGUUGAGACAUUACAGAAUGGGAAUGUUAAGUCAAAUGAAGUUUUGGUGUUAAGUGGGAACGGGGAGCAUAGCGCGAGUUGGGAGGAGGUUGCGAAAAUGGUUACGGAACAGUUCCCGAAGGAAGUGGAAGACGGGGUUUUGAAGCCGAAGAUGGAUCAGAAGGGUUUUAGUAUGCCGUUUGAUGGAACGGGGACGCAGGAGAAGCUGGGGUUCCAGUUUGCACCGGCGUCAGCGUGGGUUAAGGAAACGGUGGAGCAGUAUCUCCAGCUGCGGGGGAAGGAAGCAGCGUGA